ACACAUAUUCACUGCCUCCCUCUAGCAGAACCAACAACUAUCCACGGUGCACAGUGAGCUCAAGCGAUACCGUUGGCCGGAUUAAUGUCUCUCUGGAAGAAAUACCACUGGAACGACUGGAGGAAAAAUACAAAUACUUGGAGCCUGGCGGUCACAACAUCCCACGUGGUUGUCAGGCUACGAGCCGAAUCGCAUUUAUCAUUCCGUUCCGCGACAGAGAAUCUCAUCUUCGCAUCUUAUUGAACCAUAUGCACUCAUUUCUAACAAGGCAAAUGUUGGAUUACUCCAUUAUAGUUGUUGAACAAGUUGCGAAUCAAACGUUCAAUAGAGCGA